GGAAUUGUAAUAUCACUGCUCGGGCGGGCGCCGGGCGGCCAUCACCGACUUGGAAUUUGCGCACAGUUUUGGUCCAAGGUCUCUCCGAGUUCUAACCAAAGAAGUCAAUAAACUGACAAAACGCACAUUGAUACACCAUGCCUCGAGUCGGCCGUGCCAAAAUCCGUCAUCACGCCGCUGCGGUGGCUGUCCAGAAGAACCAAAGCAACGAUGCUCCCGAGGGUCAGCCGUUUGCUGCUCCUACCCCUGUGGCUAAAGCUGUCGCGGUCAAGGAAGACCGGACAACCAAAAAGUUGAAAGGUUUGAAGGUCCCACCGGAAGGAUUGGAAGCUGGCAAAGCUCCUCACCCUUACUUUGUUCCCUCCAAAUCUCAUCUCAGACGGCAGAAGCGCAAGGCGCGCGAUAUAGCUGGUGGCCUCUCUUCAUUGGAGAAUGCCUUGUCUUCCAUCGCCCCUGAAGCUGCCGUACCCAACCCUCCGGCUUCUCUGGCGAUGAACCAAAAGACGAAGAAAGAUGUGGUCAAGACCAAAGAACAAAGAGAUGAGGAGAGAAGAAAAAGACUGGAAGAAGAGAGAGAGCGCGGAAAGAUUGGAGAAGGCAAAGGCAGGACUCUGGGAGAGAAGAAGAGGAGAGAUAUCAUCCAAGAAAGCGCAAAAAGAAUACCAGCUGUCAUGGGACAUCCAGCCUUCAAGCAAAACCCGUGGGCUGCCAUCAGGGAGCACGCUGGAAACACCUUGGCGCAAAAGUAGCUGAGCGAUUAUGUAGACAACCUGGCUUGACGAGGGCAAGACGAGCGGGGGGGGAGUGUUCCCCGGUCUCUUUGUGUGUAUAUAUUGUACGUAUCAUUCAUAAUAGCUGGUGACAGGAUGCCCACAUUGCAUG